AUGGUGUCAGUUGUCGAUGCCCCUGCAUCAACGUACACAUACACGUACACGUUCACGCCGUCGACCGACUUCCCGCCUGAGAUCGACGUCCUUGUCGACUUUGUCGCAGAUGACGACCGACCCACGUUUAUCCUCGACCAUGCGACUACCGAGAUAGUUUAUCACAACAAUGCUUUCGACGCCUUCGUAACUACCGUAUCCCCAUCUCAGCCAUGUCCCACAUGGCUCUCUGCGCUCCUCGAUGCUGCCCGCAAUCGUCCGCGACCCGAGCCACGAACCACGCAGGAACUUGGCUCCUUCGCCAACCAAUUCUGGUCAACCAGAAGCAUUGCCUCAUCAUGGACUACUGUAAUUUGUCUGCAUCCAACAGACCACCAUCGCCCUCUUGAAGAUGCGCAGGAUUUACCUCCAGACAACAAAGAUCCCGCUCAAGCCCUGCUUGCAGAUACGAUUCCCUUGCAACGUCAAGAGUCGGACAACGCUUCCAUCACUUCCGCUUCCACUUGCGCAUCUAGCCUGGGAACUGUCGACAUGGACGCCCCCUUUGACGACUUGAUUGUCGACUGGCUGUUGUAUCCGAAGCCGUCUGCAGAUCCCUGGCUUGACUUCGUCCUCAACCACAACUGGCAAGAUAAGACUGUCGGUCCCAUACAAUCUUGGUCCCCCAUGCUCAGACAAAUGUACACUACAAUUCUUGCCUCGAGAGAGCCACGCGUCUUGUACUGGGGCAAUGACAUGCUCUUGCUUUACAACGAGCAGGCUCGUUUUGUUGUCGGCGAACUGCACCCUGUGUCUCUUGGUGAACCCUUGAGACAGGUCUUUGGCGAAGUCGUCCAUACCGAGAUCGUCAAGAUGAUCAAGUCCGGUAUCAAGAGGGGAAAGCCGAUAGCCCAGAGAAAUUAUGAACUGACCUUGACACGAUAUGGCUUCCCCGAGAGCUGCUUCUUCGAUCUAGUCUUUCUUCCGGUUCCAUCAUCCGAUGGCCACUACCUGGGUGUCCUUGCAGAGUUUACUGAGAUCACCGAAAAGGUCUUGCAGAGAAACCGCCAGGAAGUCUCCAAGUCCUUGUUGGAAUCUUUCUCAAAAGUCACUGACCUACACCAUCUUUGGCAGGCGUUUGUGCAUACUCUUGAGUCAAAAGCUAGGGAUGUCGCUUACGCGAUCGUAUAUACAGCCACUGAAAGUUUGGGGGAACAGCGUGCAGACACAUUCCAUCUCGAGGCUUCUUGCAAUAUCGAUGGGUUACAAAAACACCCAUCUCCCACCAUUGUUGAAGCCUUGAGAGGCUCCCUNGGUGAAGUCUUCGUUCUUCAGCGGAGCAAGAACACACUUCCACAGGACCUGACAGUGUCACGAUCUGACGCUGGUUCUGUCGAUACGGCUUACGUAUUGCCCAUCAUGGCUUUGGAUGGUGUACGUAUUCUUAGUGUCGUCAUUGUAGGCCUCAACCCAAGAAGAGCCAUCAGUCCCAGCGUUCGACAGUUUGUCGAGUCGGUUCGUGACAUGCUUUUCAAAACAGCUGCACUCUUCUCGCUACCCAUAGAGCAGCGAGAGUCUCGAGAAAUUGCCAAAGCGCUCUCUCGACAACUCGAGACCAUGACCGUGAAAGCCGAGGAAACUGAACAGAAUUUCACUAGAAUGUUGCGCGAUGCACCGAUUGGUAUGUGCAUGCAUCGAGACGACGGUCACUGCGUAUAUGUCAAUGAUGUAUGUCUUGAGCUGCUGGGUAUGAGUAGAGCACAAUUUUACAAAGCUGCUGAAGUUGGACUUGCCUGGCGAGAUGCUGUGCACGAUGAAGAUUUUGAAGCAGUCAACCAGAUCUGGAGUGCUGCCAUCGANAAAGGAACUGCUGCGACCGCCGAGUUCCGCGUCAAAGCAGCAUCUCCACAGAGCGAAGCUCGUUGGCUUGAGAUAAGUGCUCAGCAACGACACGACAAAGACGGCAAUCUGGAGUAUCUGUACGUCUGGCUGAGAGACAUCUCCACCGGCAAACAGCUGGCCGAACAGAAGUUGCGAGACGCUUUAGAGACAAAGAGAAGAUCAGAAAUCUUCAUCGACAUGUACGCAAUCAUUUCAUUCGGAUUGGGAAUUAGUUUGGCUAACGUUCAGCAGNNGGUAUCACACGAGAUGCGCAAUCCCUUGGGUGCGAUAUUGCUGCUCGCUGAUAGCAUCGUCACAUCGCUGCCCCCGGCGUCAGAUGACGCGCAAACCAGCGUAUUUACACCUGAUCUGCGGCACACACUCGCAGACAUCGCGGCCAGCAUUCAUCUAUGCGCCAAUCACCAAAAGGUUAUCGUUGAGGAAAUUCUGACCUUCAGUCGAUUGGAUUCCAAUUUGCUGGUUCUCGCACCUGAGAAAAUUCGUCCAUCAGAAAUAGUGCAAACAGUGCUGAAGAUGGUCAAAGCAGAGCUCGACUACGAUAAAAUCGAAGGCUCGUUGCAGAUCCAGCAGAGCUACAUCGAUCUUGCGAUCGAUAAUGUUGUGUUGGAUCCAGGGAGGUUAUCACAAAUCAUCCUUAAUCUGAUGACCAGUCAGUGUUUUCGUGUAUCAAGACUGCCACUUGUACUAACAUACUAUACAGAUGCUAUCAAGUUUACCAAGAUUUCAAGCAAGCGGCGAAUAGUAAUCAGUCUUGCUGCAUCAAGAACAAGACCUACGGCCGGCGACUGUCAAGUUAUGUUUGUAGCGCCUCGUGGAGAAAAACGUCCGAAGCUAGCCCGGAAGAUGUCAAUAACGAACGACCCUAUUGGCGAAAAUGUCUAUCUGAUCUUCAGUGUCCAAGACACUGGCUGUGGGCUCACGCCGACAGAGAUGGGCCAUCUNUUCCAUAGAUUCAGUCAGGCUUCACCGAAGACGUACAAACAGGUCAGUAUGAAGUCAGUCUAUCUAAAAGAGGUAUCACUAAUAUGUUUUUGUGAANNGUAUGGUGGUAGCGGGCUGGGUCUAUUCAUCAGUCGUGAACUUGUAGAGUUGCAAGGUGGCCAAAUCGGUGUGCGCAGUGAGCCUGGAGAGGGAUCUACGUUCGCCUUCUUUGUCGAGACCGCCCGAAUUGAGUCGCCUGCGGAGCAACUGUCUGCACAACUCGCUCAGACGUCAAUUAAGGAUCACAUGCGAGUCGUGGACGGUCCAACUGCGCAAAAGACGCAAGUGCCAGACCUUCAUGUCCUUCGUGAGUACAGUCAUCAAACAAUAUGGACCAUCACUAACAGUCGAGANGUGGUCGAGGACAACGCCAUCAACCAAAAGAUCCUUGCUCAGCAGCUUCGCAAGACGGGUUGCGCCAGGGUUCAUGUUGCCGACCACGGCCUUGAGGCUCUUGAGCUUCUUUCAACCACUAACUUCCACAAGUCUGCUGGUGUUGAACAGAUACCUUUGUCUAUUAUUCUACUUGACGUUGAGAUGCCUAUAAUGGAUGGUUUGACAUGCGCGCGACGAAUCCGCGAAUUCGAACAGAAUGGAGAAAUUAUCCGGCAUGUGCCUAUCAUUGGUAUCACAGCGAACGCUCGUGCUGAGCAGAUCGCCUCAUGUAUCGAUGCUGGUAUGGAUGAAGUCGUGGUAAGUGAUCUUAAGUCUGUGGAUUAUAUAUUACUUUGCUAA